AUGGCUGUGAGUCGAGCUAGUCUAGAGGCUGUGCUGUGUGGACCCCAUUCCCCUGGUGCUCCUCUUACAAGGGUCAGAAGAGACACAUUUACCCAGUACAAGGGUCUGAAGAGAGACACAUUUACCCAGUACAAGGGUGAAGAGAGACACAUUUACCCAGUACAGGGUCAGAAGAGAGACACAUUUACCCAGUACAAGGGUCAGAAGAGAGACACAUUUACCCAGUACAAGGGUCAGAAGAGAGACACAUUUACCCAGUACAAGGGUCAGAAGAGAGACACAUUUACCCAGUACAGGGGUCAGAAGAGAGACACAUUCACCCAGUACAGGGUCAGAGAGAGACACAUUUACCCAUUACAAGGGUCAGAAGAGAGACACAUUUACCCAGUACAAGGGUCAGAAGAGAGACACAUUUACCCAGUACAAGGGUCAGAAGAGAGACACAUUUACCCAGUACAGGGGUCAGAAGAGAGACACAUUUACCCAGUACAGGGGUCAGAAGAGAGACACAUUUACCCAUUACAAGGGUCAGAAGAGAGACACAUUUACCCAGUACAGGGGUCAGAAGAGAGACACAUUCACCCAGUACAGGGGUCAGAAGAGAGACACAUUCACCCAUUACAAGGGUCAGAAGAGAGACACAUUUACCCAGUACAGGGGUCAGAAGAGAGACACAUUUACCCAGUACAGGGGAGAGACACAUUUACCCAGUACAAGGGUCAGAAGAGAGACACAUUCACCCAUUACAAGGGUCAGAAGAGAGACACAUUUACCCAGUACAAGGGUCAGAAGAGAGACACAUUCACCCAGUACAGGGGUCAGAAGAGAGACACAUUCACCCAGUACAAGGGUCAGAAGAGAGACACAUUUACCCAGUACAAGGGUCAGAAGAGAGACACAUUUACCCAGUACAGGGGUCAGAAGAGAGACACAUUUACCCAGUACAAGGGUCAGAAGAGAGACACAUUUACCCAGUACAAGGGUCAGAAGAGAGACACAUUCACCCAGUACAGGGGUCAGAAGAGAGACACAUUUACCCAGUACAAGGGUCAGAAGAGAGACACAUUCACCCAGUACAAGGGUCAGAAGAGAGACACAUUCACCCAGUACAAAUAUCGAUAA